AUGAGUAAUAAUUUAUUAUUCAAUGAAAAUCAUGAUGUAAAGGCAGAUUUAUCAAAUAAUUCAAGAAGUAUCAAAUUUAAUGAUUCACCUCUAGUAUUGUAUCAUCAUAAUGACCAUUCAUCAAAUUCUUCUUCUCCUUUAAACAACGAACAUACAUCUCCACAGUGGGAAGAAUUUAUUGUUCAUCUAUCCCGAUGGAAUGUCAUUAAAAAGCACUCGGGUUUUCUCAUCCUUCUCCUUCUCUUGCAUUAUCUAGUAUUGGGAUGGAGUGGAGUGCAACACUUUAAUUCAUCCCCUCGAUUCAUUCUCAUUGGAUUAUGUUGGCUCUAUUGGUUCUACUCACUCCUCUCGAGUACCAUCUCGGAGAGUAUUGUAGGAAUGAAGGGAAAAGGUGUUCAAUUGGAAAAGACGACAUUCCUCGGCUAUAAAACUCAUCAACUCUUCAUUCCAAUUGAAAAUAUCAAACAUGUUGUCAUAGCAGAGGGCUUUCAUAUUGAUUGUGUGAUUUACUAUUUGGCCAUUAUUUUGAAACAAGCCCACAAGAAAAAGAUGGUUAUUGUUCCAUUCGAAAUGUUCAAUCCACGAUUAAACCUUUUACGAAAGGUCUAUCCAAAAUUGAAAAGAGUGUUAUUUGAUGAAUAA